AUGUUAAACAGAUCUAACUCGAAUAUUGAAACUUCGUCGCAUAUGAUCUCAACACACAAGAAAACGGUUGAGCAGAAAAAAUCUACACAACCCCUCAGAUUUAGAUCGUUCGACGAAUUUUAUAAAGAAUAUAACAGGAAGAUUGCUACAGGUGACUCAAAGAGCCUGUAUCCGGCGAGCAAGACUCCGAUCAAAAACACUUCAGUAAAGGACAAGAUCGAGCUUCUCACUGCCAGCAAGAACAAGGAAUCCGUGGUUUCCAAGCCGGUUUUGGUUCAGUCAUCGGACUUCAACAUUAAGGGCCGCGUAAAGAAGCUUUGCGAAAAGUUUCAGAAGUGCGAGGGCACUUCGCACUUCUGCAGCGGCCUGAGGGACGUGAUCGCGAGCGUCAAGGGCGUGAAGACCUACACAUCGCCGGAAUCUGUCGUAUCUUCACCAAAACAGAGAGAAGCUGCCGCGAACGAGCUUAGUGACUUGCUUCCUCCCAUGGAAACCCACGUAAAGCUCGCAGACGCAAAAGACGCAGUCAAUGUUGCUUCGGAGACAGUCUUAAAUGACACGAAGCUAACAACCAAUGAAGGACUUAACACGGUCGCCGAUACGAAGGCAGGGCCGCUUGGGGAUCUGUCCCCCGUCAUUGCUGAGCCUGACCUGAGCACGACGGAGGACAGCCUCAGCCCGGGCGUGUCCGAGUCGGAGUCCCCGCUGCGUCAGACCUCCAACGCCUCGCUGAAGUCGGAGGACGAGGCGCUGAUCGACCAGGUCAUCGGCCGCAUCAUGGGCGACCAGCAGUUCUGCAACGCCUUCUUCGACAAGCUGGAGGCGCUGAACCUGGGAAGCAAGUCCGAGAGCUUGCAGUUCGACGGCAUGAUCGACGACCUCCAGUUCCUCGUCGACGAAGACGAAGAGCCCGAGACUGAGGUGUCCGAGGAGACGAAGAAGGCAUUUGACUGGUACUUUAACCAGCCGCAGGUGUUCGACCUCGAGUUCACGGAGCGCAACGACAGGAACCUGGUCACCACGAUUGAGGAGAGCGACCCGAGUGAGUGCGGGAGUCUAAUGGGCGACCGGCCGCCCUCGAGGACCAGCUUGAAGGGGGACUCUCCGAGGUUCUCGAGCAAGCCUGACUCGUUCAACUGGUUGAGUCUCUACAACCACACCAGGAACCCUGCCAGCACCGGCUACGGGAUGGCCAGCGGCUUGAACAACUGCAACAUGACUGGUUCCUUUCGCGAUAACUCGUACGUAGGUGGCUACAAAUCGGAAUUGUUGAAGAAUUUCGACUGGUUCAACUUCCUGGGCUAA